AUGCUUCACGCAGGCGUGGACAAACAGGCAGACGGUCUCCAGGACCAGUCUCCCUUCGUGGAUGGCAGCGUCCAGCUUCUCGCUGUCGAGGUCAUAGACUCUCUUCAGACGCUCCUCCGAGUAGCGCAUGGCGAUCGACCAGCCUUUGGCGAUCUGGUCGAUGUCGCCCUCCAUGAUGCAGUCUGCCAUGUCUGCGGUCUGAGAUGCUGGCUGCUGGAGGCUUUUGAACUCAAUAAGAAGAGGAGAAUCAGUUGGAUCAAGAGUCAACUCAAUGUCACGGUUGUUGAACUCAAGGUGGCUGGUGUUGUUCAAAGCGAAUGCAAGAAAAGGUGA